AUGGUUUUGGGUACUCCUCUUCAGAAUGUAACUGUGGGGGGAAAUACUGCUGUGGGUGAUGUAAAUUUGGUGAGCACGGACAACAAUACUGACAACUUGCGCCCAUCCAGUCCCCAGCUCAGGCCGUUACCUUAUGACCCCGACACUCCAGUCAAGCCCCAGGGGAAAAAGAUGAGAGGGCAAGAGAGUAUGUCACUUCUUGAGAUUCAAAACAAUAUUGUGAUGCUUUUGACAGCAAAAAUAGAUGAAAGGGCAAAUGGCUUGGAGGAAAUGGUUAGGGGAAUAAGAUGAAAAUUGAGGCCAUAAAACAAUCUGUUGACUUUAUCUCUGGAGAAGUGAAAACCCUCAAAAGUGACAUGAAGAAGGUGGAAGUUAUCUACCAGGAAAAUGAAAAGAAGGUGGCUGAACUUGAGAAAAAGGUGAAUGAGGCAGAGAGAUACCAGCGCAGGUGGAACCUGAGGCUCCAUGGAAUUCCAGAGCAGGCGGGUGAGGACAUCAAAUGCAGAGUUGUUGACAUCUGUGGAGCUGUCAUUCUCGAGUCAAAAGCCAAACUUCAGGAAUAUGUGGACAUCGUUCAUCGUUUGGGAAGACUCAAGGAUCAUGACAAGAGACCGAGGACAACCAUCAUCCGGUUCACCAACAGAUCUACAUGGGAUCUUCUCUGGAGGCGAGCGAAGAACUGUGUGUUUCUCAUCAAGCAAAAAUUGAGGUUCACGAAGGAUCUGACCUCAGCGGACAAAGUGACACAGGAGAAACUGUGGCUGAUGGUGGCUGCAGUUCGAAAGGCAGGGAAAACUGCAUUUUUUGUCGGUGCAGGAGUGAUAAUCGAUGGGAAAGAAAUGCGGCCAAAUCAGAACAUUUGA